CUUGCACGACCAGGUGAGAGGUAGGAAGAGGUCCUGUCAUGGAGAAGGCUGCCAGACCUGGGCAGACGGAGGAAGCCCCUGGGAUCGGAGAAGUUCGGUCGGCGGCUGGUCGGGGAGGCGCCUUGGUGGAGCUCACCCCGACCCCUGGCGGCCUGGCCCUGGUGAGCCCCUACCACACCCACCGGGCCGGGGACCCCUUAGACCUCGUGGCGCUCGCCGAGCAGGUGCAGAAGGCUGAUGAAUUCAUCAGAGCAAAUGCUACAAACAAACUGACGGUCAUUGCUGAGCAGAUCCAGCAUUUGCAAGAACAAGCAAGGAGGGUAUUGGAAGAUGCUCGUCGAGAUGCUGAUUUGCACCAUGCUGCGUGUAACAUGGUGAAGAAACCAGGCAACAUUUACUACCUUUAUAAACGGGAAAGUGGGCAGCAGUAUUUUUCCAUUAUUUCUCCCAAGGAAUGGGGGGCAAGUUGUCCACAUGCCUUCCUUGGUGCCUACAAACUACAGCACGACCUGUCCUGGACUCCUUAUGAAGACAUUGAGAAGCAGGAUGCUAAGCUUGACCUGGUGCACACGUUGCUGAGCCAACCAUUGCCCCUGCCUUCAUCCGCCAAGAGCCCGGCCCCCAGGACUGAGUCCUGACAGUGGACUCGGAUUGCUCUCUCACUAGGGUCUGGCACCUCUGGUUGCCCCUUGGUCUCUUGGUGGAAGGUACAUGAGAGUCGAGAGCAGCUACAUAAGGAACAUCUCAGAAUCCAGCAUGAAUGUAAAUGUGUCAUUCCGCCCACUUUCAGUCUUCGAAAAGAUCAAUAAAGACAGUGAACCUC